AAAGACUGGUUGAUAGAAACAUGAAUGACAGUUCACUUCUUCUAACUUUGUUUUCAUACACGUCUCAUCUUCAAUAGCGGUUAUCAUCAUUUCCAAUAUCAUGAUGCUUCACGCAUCCAUAUAAUAACUAUUAAUAUAACAUUUUUCUUGUUUUUCAAAAUCAUGAAUUAUGAUGAGAGGAUUAUAGAGAGAAUUGAAAUUUGAGGAUGGUGAAUUCAGGGAUAAUUGAAGAUGUGAUUAUAAUUGGAGGGUUAAUUGGUGUACAAUUUGUUUAUGCUGGAAAUGCUAUGCUCAUGAGUUAUCUUAUGUCCUUGGGUCUUCAAUCUUUUACCAUUGUCAUUUUCACUGCCUUUGCUACAUUCAUUCUUCUCCUUCCCUUUGUUCUUUAUUUUGAAAGGAGUAAAUGGCCUAAGAGAAUUAGUUUCAAGUUGUUUUUAAAGUUUCUUCUUCUUGCUCUUGGAGGUGUAACUUUGUUCCAAUCUUUAUUCCUUAAAGGAAUCAAUCUAACCUCAGCCGCAAUGGGAACAGCCAUGCCAAACCUUGCCCCAGGGUUUAUCUUCAUCAUCGCAUGGAUUUUUCGGUUGGAAAAAGUAGACUUAAACUGCACAUUUAGUAGAGUAAAAAUAAUUGGCACAUUGCUCUGUGUCUUAGGAGCAUUCACAAUGAGCUUAAUGCAAAGUAUCUCAACUCCUAUACCAAUGGAAAAGUUAAAACUUCAAUUAACUCUUCCAUCACCACCAAUUGUAAUGUUUGACAGAGACAAGAUCAUUGGUUGCCUGUAUCUCUUGGUUUCAAUCCUCCUUCUCUCAAGCACAGUUGUCUUACAGGCAUUUACGUUAGGAGAAUUUCCCGCGCCAAUGUCAUUGUGUGCAAUAACAUCAUUUUUGGGGGGUGUGAUUACGACAGCAGCUCAAUUAAUUGAAUAUCAUGAAAUCAAAACCGGGUAUCCAUUAGUUAGUGUUGGUGACAUGAUUGGUUAUUCUGUUCUGUCAGGUGCAGUAACUGGAAUAUGCUUAAGCAUCAGUGCUUGGGCACUUGAGAAGAGAGGGCCAGUUUUGGUAUCCAUGUUCAGUCCUGUUGGCACUGUUUGCUCUGUCAUUUUCUCUAUUGUUACUUUAGGAGAUAGUACCGUUAAUAUUGGAAGCAUAGCAGGGAUGUUCCUCAUGUUCACUGGACUCUACUUUGUGCUUUGGGCCAAAGGGAAAGAGGAUUGUAUAGAGAUUGAGUUUGAUGCAGAGAAGCCUCUCUUAAGUUGAUUUCUUUUUUCAAAAUUAAUGUCAAAACAAUAUUGUGUAAAUUAUGUGUAUGUUUUGACAAGUUAGUGUGUAAUUGUUAACUAUAGGUUUUGAGAUAGAGUAAUGUAUUAUAUAGGAGAGGUAUUUUUUUAGGCAAGGAGAUUAAUUAGUUAUGAACUGUAGGUUUUGGGAUAGAGUGAUGUAUUAUAUCCUCAUAAUUAAGAGGGCAUGAUGAAAACAAAACAAGUGGAUCAUUUGAGGGUGAGAAGAAGGAAUAGUUGAGAUAGAAAAUUGAACUCAAGAAAAAAUAAUUAUGAAGAAAAAAUGUAUAAUAUUUUAAUCUUAUUCUUCUUA